UUUAUCGUCUGCUACACUGACCACUGCCUAAAGGCUACAGCUACGAGUACAUUCUACAGUUUGUACUUUUUAUCAUCACAACGACUACAAUAAAAUAUGAUAUUGUCGAAUUGUGGAUUAGUUACUGGUGUUACUACUGUUACUUGCUAGCACCGUUAUUCAGUUUUUGACAGCCUACUCUUUGUUUACUGUACUUCGCAAUUGACCUUCUCGCUGCGCAAAUAAUAAUAUUCRAUUUCAGAAAUAUUUACUACUACCACGACAACAAGGAAUGAUAUGAUGCUGGACCAAGAAAAUCAGCCUAAUCUUCCAAAUGGAACAGAAUCGUCUAACAGUUCAUUUCAAGACAAGACAGUCAUAAAAAAUGAUGGUUCAGACAAUAUUUUCAGUAGUCAUGAAGAGUAUUUAGGUGAUGUAUCAUUGGGUGGUUUUAACAUUUCUCAGCUCACAAACAAAUUAGAACGUCUUGCUUUAGCUACUCCACAAGUUUCAAGGAUAAGACCUGAUAGUUUAGUGAUUGAAGAAGAUUUUGAUCUAAAAGAACGUCCAGAUUCAGCUGAUUCAGAUAGCGGCAGGCCUGUAACUUCAAAUGACAGUUCUAUUUACAGGUCAUUUGUUACAGAUUCUGUUGAAAACCAACAGUUAGAUAGUUUAGACUUUUCAUCAACUAUAUGCAACGAAGACAUUAAUGACUCUGGCAGUAAUAUUGAAUCAAUACAUGAAAAUUUAACAUCAGUAAAUUUGGAUUUAGUUAGCUCUGAUUUUGAAGAUUCUUCUCAUAAUUUAACUCCACAUUCUUUCUCAAAUAAAUCAUCUGAAGAAAUAUCACAUCAAUUAAAUUCAGACUUGAACAAUUCAGCACAGAAACUAAAUAUUUCGCUAAUGGAUGGUAUAGGAUCAGAAAACAAAUUCCAGUCAAAUAUUUUUGAAAGUGAAAUAAAAAAUUCUAGUGAAGCAGGACCUGUAAUAGCUGAAGGUUUCAAUUCAUCUUCUGGGUUUAAUUUUGAUAAUUUAGAAGCUCUUGAAUCUGUGAGAUCUUUAAAUGAAGAGGAUAUUAGAAGGUUAACUAUUUCUAGAAAAUCUUUAUAUGUAGCGUUUGACCCUAUUGUGAAAAAAGCUAACGAGGAGUCCAAUGCACGGAAAGAAGUAUUUGAAAAUAUAUUAGUCRCAGAUAAAACGAUAUUGACUAAUUCUCCACAAUCUAGUAGUGGUUCUAACAAAUCUCUGAAUAUUUCAGAUAACAAAAUGAAUCAGUCUAUUACCAAAGAUGAAAAGUUCAGUAACAGUUCCAAUACCAAAACUAAUGACCGAGAAAAAUGUUACCAAGAUAAAAUAGAAAAGUUGGAAUGCGAAAUCAAGAACCUAAAAAAUGAAUGUAUUGCUGACAAGGAAAAAAUAAAAAACUUAACCAACUCAUUGAUAUCAGUAACUAAAAGCAAAGAUCAAUUAAGUACUGUGAUUGGAGAAUAUGAAAAAACUAUUUCUGAUAUGGUCUCUAAAAAAGAAGAUGUACAUAAAGAAUAUGAAGCGCGAAUUGCGUAUAUCGAAGAAGAAAGAGCAAAAAUGGAACGUCACCUCCAAAAUUCAGAAAUGGCAUUUAAUGAUGUUCAUGAAAAAUAUAAUUCCUCAAAACAAGUAAUUGAAGCAAUGAAAGAAAAUGAAACGAAAUAUAAAAACUGUAUCAAAGAAUUUGAAGAAUCUCUCAAAAAGUAUGAAGACAAAUACAUGAGGUUAAAAAUACAUGCCACUGAACAAAUGAAUAAAGCCACCGAAGAAAUAAAUGAGAAGGAGAGGUCAUUUGAGGCAGAGACUUCAAAAAUGAGAAUAAUGAACAAACGCUUGGAAGUUAAAGUUAGAUCAUUACAAGAGUCUUUAGAUAGGAAAGACGUGGAAAACGCUGAGCUUACUAAUCUUUGUGACGAACUCAUAGGCAAACUUGAUAGAAACUGAAAUACUUUAGUUACAUCAAUAUAAAAUUUUUUAGAUCUAUUUAUCUUAUUUUGUACACUUAAUACUUCCUGAAUUAUUAUUUACUCACUAUGUUUUGUUAGUAAAUGUAAAUACAUUUUUUAUAUUACUUUAUAAACAAAGCGUAGAUCACAUACUAAACUAUUGAUUACAAUUAUAAUUUUACAUGUUAUGUAUCUGUUAAAUUUAAAUUUC